AAAAAAAAUAUUUGUGCUCUUUGUAAUUAAUAUAUUUUUAUUUUUUAAAGCACGACAUCGAGGCGGAUAAAAUGUUGAGAGGGGAAGUACGCUCCUAGAGAGAGGGAGCGAUCCGUUUUGAAGAUAUCCACGCUCGCGGCUAGAGCGUGGAGAAAGAGAGGAAACGGGUUUCAGGUGGUCCUUUCUUCCAAUUAUAUAGCAAACUUUGAGGGUCAAGAUUUUAUGGAAUUUGCAAGUGGCAUGCUUAAGAAUAUUUGGCUGGGAUUGUGACCUAUUUCCUUGAAUCUCCUUUGCAAAUUCAAUCUGAGCUCUCUUAUCCCUUGUAGUUCCAGUUUAUUCCAGGAAUUUUCCAUAAAAUCAUGACUUCUUCUGUGCACAGCAUAUCUGAUGGUGGACGACCUGAUGAGCAACAAAAGCAGACACAACCUGAGGUCCAGCAACAAGCUCCUGCAACUGGAAACUUUCAACCUGGCAUGGCAACACCGGUUGGGUUCAUGAUUUCUCCAGGUCACCUUGAAGCAGGACAUGCUGUGGCUCCGAUUGCUUACCCAUUUGUUGAUCCCUACUAUGGAGGUGUUUUUGCUGCUUAUGGACAGACGGUGAUCCAUCCACAAAUGAUGGGGAUGCAUCAUGCUGGAGUGCCUUUGCCAGCUGAGGCAGUUGAAGAACCUGUAUAUGUCAAUGCAAAACAAUAUCACGGUAUAUUAAGGCGUCGGCAAUCUCGAGCAAAAGCUGAAUCAGAAAAUAAAUUGAUCAGAACUCGCAAGCCUUAUUUACAUGAGUCCCGCCACUUGCAUGCUUUAAAAAGGGCUAGGGGGUCUGGCGGUAGAUUUCUUAAUUCCAAGUCUCAAGGGAAUCAGCAAAAUUCUAAUUCCAAGUCCGAAGAAGAUCAAGAGAAUGAGGUUGCCUCACGUGACAGGGCCCAGCCAUCCAAUAAUCCAGCUUCUGAUAACCUGUGUUCUAAGAAUCAGCAGAAUGCUGCGGUCUCUGAUGAUAGAGAAAAACCUGUUAAUUUAACCGACUCUGAUAAGUCCAGUUUGGACAAUGAACCAGAGGCAACAUCUAAUCUUCUGGUGCAGGAAUAAGAUGUUGGGUGAUUGGAAGAGCGAGUGGCUCUGUACAGCAUCUGCGGGAACAUCUCCAGUGGCCUACGUGAGGCAAACUAUAUUUAGAGUUUUUCUCAGGUUUGGUUAUAGCCAAAUGAUUAGUUCAUUCCGCCUUGGAAGAGUUUUAUGUGCGGUUAGCUGACAAAUACUUCACAAGUUCUUGAAAAGAAGAAGCAUCUUUGUAGUUUGGAUUUUCUUUUCCUUAGGUUUUACUGAUCGAACAUGUAUUUUAGACUACAUUACUUGGCUAGGUAAUUACGGUGAAGAUUUCUUUGGUUCUAUCAAAGCAGUGAUUCUAUAUGGACAUUUGCAUUGACCGGUCGGUGCUGCUGCGCUUCGCUGCAACACCCAAGAAAGAUCGACAAUUUAAUUCCCUAUAUUUAGCAAA